AUGGCGCGGCAAAUGCAUCAUCCUCCUCGUUCUGAAAGUACUCGUACAAGAGACACUAACAUCGCUCAGUCUAAUCUUGACACAAUGGUGUCACGUUCAGAGAAUACAAUGAACGUAGAUUCCCAUUAUUUACUGGCUCACGACAAUGUCAUGAUGCACGGAAUUCACAGUCAAUAUGAUCGUCAUAUGGGAGCUCCAGCUGCUGCCUCUACAUAUUGUCGUGACAUGAAUCCUUCGUCUAGUACUGCUGUGUCUCGAAAUCCCAGAACCGCUGAUCAGUUAUUGUCAGGUUCAAGCACAUUCACAGUCCCUGGAACAUGCAAAAAUUCUGUUGGAACCAGAGCAAAUAAUCAACAUUUCAAUGUUUGUUCUUCAACAGGUCCUCGUAAUGCAAGACACGCGGAAAAUGGAAUUCCUUUGCCACCACGUUCUAGUUCGUGGAGAAGAUCAGAUGAGCCUCUUCUGGUGCAUGACCAUGGAAUUCCUUUGCCACGGCAUUCUAGUUCGUGGGUAAGAUCAGAUGAGCCUCUUAUGGUGCAUGAGCAUGACCAUGGAAUUCCUUUGCCACGGCAUUCUAGUUCGUGGGGAAGAUCAGAUGAGCCUCUUAUGGUGCAUGACCAUGGAAUUCCUUUGCCAUCACAUUCUAGUUCGUGGGGAAGAUCAGAUGAGCCUCUUAUGAUGCAUGACUAUGGAAUUCCUUUGCCAUCACAUUCUAGUUCGUGGGGAAGAUCAGAUGAGCCUCUUAUGGUGCAUGAUCAUCAUGGAAUUCCUUUGCCACCGCAUUCUAGUUCGUGGAGAAUAUCAGAUGAGCCUCUUGUGGUGCAUGACCAUGGAAUUCCUUUGCCACCAGAUGAGUCUCUUAUGGUGCAUGACCAUGGAAUUCCUUUGCCACCGCAUUCUGGUUCGUGGGGAAGAUCAGAUGAUCCUCUUAUGGUGCAUGACCAUGGAAUUCCUUUGCCAUCGCAUUCUAGUUCGUGGAGAAGAUCAGAUGAGCCUCUUACGGUGUAUGACCAUAACCAUUCAAUUACAGGAAACUAUUCAGGGCUGCACUUAAAUCCACCUCCUCUCCCUAGAUUGGCUCAACAGCUGAACAGCAAUAAUAAUAUUGGUCAUUCUUUGGCUUGGAAUCAGUCUCUUCCAAUACUCUUUUUACAAGUUCCCAAUGCUAAUGGACAUUCAUUAGAGAAUACAAAUAUGGGUCUGCAGAGAUAUCAGGAUACAUCUAGCAUCGGAAAUGGUCUAAGAUUUCCCUACCCUGCUCCGGUCAACCCGCACUAUUGUACCUUUGAUUAUCAAAUGCAGCCUGUGCAAGAGAGGAGAGGUCACUCCGUCAACUUGCAUCCUCCUCCAGUAACUGCAGCUUCACGCAGAGUUCCAACAAAUCCUUUAAGCAGUGCUCAAAUUCCCAUACAAAAUGUGUCACGUGCUCAAAGGAUGACUGCUCAAAUUCUUCCUCCCAGGCUUCAAAACCUUCCUCCCAGACUUCAAACUCUUCCUCCCAUGGUCUUUCUCCAAAUUGAGGAUAUUGCUAUGCUGGUUGACCAUCACAGUGAUAUGCGCUUGGAUACUGAGCACAUGUCUUAUGAGGAGCUUCUUGCAUUGGGUGAGCAAAUUGGCAAUGGAAACACAGGUUUAUCCGAGGAAACAAUCACAAAUCAAAUCAAGACAAGAACUUAUUUACUACCUAUUAACUCAGAGGAGGCAGAUUCUGAUGAACAAGAGGCUGAUAUUUGCGUCAUAUGUCAGGAUGAAUACAAGAACCAAGAUACGAUUGGAAUUCUUCAAUGUGGGCACGAAUAUCAUUCAGAUUGUAUAAGGAAUUGGUUGGUUGUGAAAAAUGUCUGCCCCAUAUGCAAAUCAGAAGCAUUGACUCCUUUAGAAAAGGAGGGUGUAUAAAAAUCA